UGUCGGAGGGGAGUUGAAUUUAGGAAGAAUGAUCCUGUUGCACAAAGGGUGCAUUCUCCGGAAGUUCUACUCCAUUCUUGAUGAGAAAUUCUGUGUUGACAAAAGCUUUUAUUUUUGGAUCUUCCAAAUCUUCAAUAGAAAUACCUGGGUAGUUGGGUGAAGAUUUCAAUCAUCUGGUUCUUCUAGCUGUGUUCAUCUUUGUUCUUUUUGCCAUUUUUUUUAGAUUCAGAUCAGAUAGUCAGGGGGUUCAGAAAAUGACAGGAGCAUCGCUGCCACCAGGCUUUAGGUUCCACCCCACCGAUGAAGAGUUAGUGGGGUAUUACUUGAAGAGGAAGAUGGAGGGGUUGAAGAUUGAGCUUGAAGUAAUCCCGGUGAUUGAUUUGUACAAGUUUGAUCCAUGGGAAUUACCAGACAAGUCAUUCCUCCCAAAACGUGAUAUGGAGUGGUUCUUCUUCUGUCCCAGGGACCGGAAGUAUCCAAAUGGCUCACGCACAAAUAGAGCCACAAGAUCUGGAUAUUGGAAAGCAACUGGAAAAGACCGGAAAAUAGUAUGUCAGUCUUCUAUGACUGGGCUUCGGAAGACCCUAGUCUUCUAUCUUGGACGGGCCCCACUAGGAGAUCGGACCGACUGGGUGAUGCAUGAAUAUCGACUCUGUGAUGAUCCUUCUCAAGGAUCAUCUAAUUUUCAGAAAGCUUUUGCUCUGUGCCACGUAGUUAAGAAGAAUGACCAGGGACAGAAGAUGGGUGAUUUCCAAGAACCCAGAGGUAAGAGGGUAGGAAAAACUUCUGCCAAUGGGAAAAUCAUGCCAACAAGUUUCUCAAGUGAGCUCUCAAGCAACUGCCACAAAGGUUCAUCUCAAACUGCUAGGCUAUAUAAUGGAAGUAAUUCUUCAAGCUCUGUUACUUCCCCAUAUGAAAUUACAAGAAUUUCAGACUUUGAGCCAGCUUUAACCAGGAACAACCACACGGACCUCUGGAUCACAUCUGAUCUUAUUCUUGAUUCUUCAAAGGAUUACUCGCAAGGACAAGAUGCUGCAUCUGAAUGUUUUCUGCAGAAUGAGUUUCAAAAUUCAGUAACUCCACAGCAACAUUGUGGUUCAGCAGAAAUCUCUCCCACUUCAUCUUAUUGCAACCUCAUGGAUGUUGAGCCAACAGAUAAUUUUGAUGCAAUUAGCUGUAUGUCACCUUACACAGGACCCAUGAACUACAUGAGCUUCUAUGAAGAUGAAGACAUGGAAUACCAGAAUCUUGAGCAGAUGGACUUACUAAGAGAUCCAAACCCAUUCAUCAAUGGGCAAGAAGCUUGGAACCUAGCCCCAAUUUGCAGAAGUGGAGAUGGGUCUUUGGGGGAGUCAAGCGGACUGUGGUUGCAAGAGGACAACUUGAUGGUUGUGAUGUAAAAACUGCCACUAGAAAAAAGGCUAGUACCACCCCUGAGAUGUCGCUUUUUAACAAUUUUUCUUGGAGAAGAGAAUCCCAAGUACCACCCCUCCUAGUAUCUCAAGUAGAAGAUCUUCCUGUGACAAUCACUUUUAACGAUUGCACUUGGAGCUAUUUAUUAGCUAAGUAUUGAACAGUAUAUAACCUACAUUCCUGUGUAAUAAACAAACUAGCUCUCUUGGAGGCUGUCCCCCAUGUUUUAUGUUGUAACUUCUUUAAUGGUACUGGUUUUUCCCUGGUCUAUAUCUUGUCUCUAGAAGCUUUGAUAAGUGGGUUCUUGGUUUUGUAAUGUGUCUGCCUGAUCAGGUGGCAUGCUAGAUUAUUCUGGUAUAUGGUUAUGGGUUUAAAUUUGUAGUUGAUCAUCAGGAUUGUUUACAUUGCAUAAUGUGAACAUCUUGUUAUCUCUGUUCUUGUGUAAUGAUAAAAUCAGCUUUAGCAGGAUA